UCUUCCUUGCGCUCAUCUUCUCUCAAGUCAUCUUCUUCCUCGUGCCGCUGCUUAGCUCUCCUCUUGCCACCUUGCACUCCUGCCAUUGUUCUGCUGCGCACCAUGGGGAAGCCGAAAUCCAAGCGUCCUGCUGGUGCCGACGCCACCGCGAAGAAGGGGCGCACCAGCGGGUGGUCACCGUCGACCUUCUCCGCCAACGGCCUACGGAAGCUCCGCGCCGCCGGCCUCCUCUCCGCCGCGGCGAUGAUCGCGAUUCCAGGCGAGGAGAUGAUCCCUCGGCCCGAGAAGGGUUAUCGGGUAAUGUUUUCUGAAUUUCUCCUUCGUAGCCUCUCUCUCGCAGUCCACGAGUUUCUUCGUGGGCUGCUCUUUGUCUACGGUGUGCAGCUUCAUCAGCUCACACCGAACUCCAUCCUCCACAUUGCGUGCUUUGUCACGCUGUGUGAGUGCUUUCUCGGCAUUGACCCCCACUGGGGUCUCUGGCGCCGCCUCUUUUUCAUCCGGUGGAACAUGACGAAGGGUGCCGUCCAAGACGUUGGUGGUGCCAUCAUCUCGCCACAUGGAGAUGCUGGCUACUUUGACCUUCGGUUUUGCGACUCUGUGCAAGACUGGAGGAAGAAGUGGUUCUACGUCAAGGAUGAAGCUUCGGCUGACCAGAAGUAUGGGCUCGCCCCCUUCGAUGCCUCAGCCGAAGUGAAGAAAUUGAAGACCUGGGAUAUCCCUCUGAUAGAUGCCGAACUCGAGGAAACUGAGCCCUUGGUUCAGAAGAUCCGAGCUCUUCGGACAGCUGAAGAUAAGGAGCUCUCGGGUCUUCAAUUGAUGGCCUUCUUUCUCUGACUCCACGUCCAGCCUUUUCAAGUCAGAGUUUCACAGAUGUGGAACUACUCGGGUCCCUCUAACAAGACCCGAGUUUUUAAAGAAGAUGUCGAUGAAGACGAGCUGAAGAAAGUUGUGCAUCGGUUGACCUCUCUGACGGCAUCCGAUGACAUACCCAUCACCUGCCGCGCCAAAUCCUUCAACAAGGAUCACCCGACGCCUUCAGACCAUCGCUUUCUUUCUUCCUUGCCGCCACUCCCCGAAGGUGGCGAUUUACCCAAAGCUACCGCCGUAACCGAGAGCGAGGCAGCCGACACCGGCGCUGCUCGAGGCACGGUUGCAGCUGAAGAAGCGACCGAUUCGUCGGGCUCCCACACUGGCACAUCCCUUCCAUCAGCAACUUCCCAGAAGGAGAAGGAGCUCGAUAAGAAGAGAAAAUGAGCCAAAAUCGACGAUGACUCCGAGUCUUCGGGUGAUUCCCAUCCGAAGCUUGUGACGCCCAUAAGAACAGCUCUUCUGGGUCCGAGGACCCCUUCAUAGUUGCUCAGCACAUUGGCUUAGCCGAGGAUUCUCCUCCACGGCCCCAUGAUGCUGACAUCGACUAGGACUUGGAAGAAUUUGUCAUGGCCAAAGUGCCGACCCCUUCUGAAAGACCGGUCGAGUCACCCAGGCAUGAAGAUCUUGCAAAGAGGCCCCAAGCUCCUUUGAAGAAGAAGGCGAAGAAAUUGGGUGCCCUUAAAGGCAUCACGAUUACAGAGAAUCUGCCUUCUUCUUCUUUUUCUCUUUGUUUCCUUGUGCUUUGUUAACAUUCCCUUUUACAGCCCUUUACCCGUGAGGUGAUAGGCUUGGUAACCCGCUACAUUGGGUUAGAGAUUGAAGCCGAAAGGUUGAAAUCCGCCCAUGCUGUGGAGCGGAAGCGAGCCGAAGAACUCGAGGCUAAACUCGAGGAGGCAGAGCUGGCGAUGAGGAAUCAGGAGGACCAAUGGGAGAACGAGAAGUCUGAGAUGACCGCCCGAGACGCGGUCAUUGGUCAGAGACUCGGGCAUCUCAAUGCUACCCUUACUAAGCGGACUGGAGUUGUCGAGGUGCUGGAGGAGGAGCAGAAGGUGGAUCCGACACUUGAUGCCCUUCGGCUUCUGGAAGCCAACAAUUCUCGAGCACGGAACCUGCUAAACUCUUCGCGCAAGACCCUCAUUCGUCUUCGCGAACAGGUCCUUCCAGAAAAGCCGCUGGCCUACGAUUACUCUUUCGAGGACCUCGUCAAUAGCUUCUCGGGUACCGCCACUCCUAUCCCGGUUCUGGAGUUCCGCCAAGCUCAAUGCCAAGCUGGGGUGGAAGUGGUCAUCGCGAUGACGAUGGCCCAUGGCGAGCCAAUCGACUGGAAAAAUAUCAGCUUGGCGUACCCGAAGGAGUCUGACGGCAAGAAGUCGCUGCAACCCUUUAUGAGGGACGCGAAGAAACUCGCCCGUGACUUCCUCGUAACUGCCCAGCCGAAGAAGUCCUUGUCUGCCGCUCCUUCCGCUAGCACGGCCACUCCAGAGGUGCCGUAGAUUUCUGCAUUUGUUUCUUUAGGCUAUAGCUUUUGAACUAUGCUUGUAAUGAACCCGCCAUAUGCAUGGCCGACUUUUGAAUUAUCCGCCCUUGUAAUAUUCGAGCCUCUUUUUUUUUUGACUGUGACUACGGCGGGCAUAAGCCAGCCUGAACAUAUAUUCAGUCAAGUUGCCUA